GUCCCAGCUAGCUAAUCUGCAGAAGUGGUGCCAUUACAGCCUUGGUUAUUCCCACCAUGACAGUCUCCCUUGAAUUUGGCCUGGUCAAUGCAGCCAACAGAUACCUGACUGCUGAACCCUUCCGUUUCCAGGUGGCAGCUACUGGCAAGCAACUGAAGCCUCGUCAGGUGUGGGUACUUCAGUUUGUGAGCCCACAUGGAGCUGGGGCAGCUGGCCCCGGAGAAGGGGCUGGCCAGAAACUUCACCUGAUCAGUGCCCUGAAGCGCUACUUGGCUGCCGACCCAAACGGCAAAGUCACCUGUGACCAGGAUAAGCCAGGACCUCAGACUUUCUUCCUGCUGCAUCAGUAUCCAGAUGGCAAGGUCUCUUUCCAGAAUGAGCAAUCCAAGCGGUACCUGGGUGGGGCGGAGGAGAAUGUCACCUGCUUUGCCCAGGCUGCCACAGAAACGGAAAAAUGGACCUUACACCUUGCUGUGCAUCCCAACGUUGCAAUGUACAACCCCAACAGGAAGCGUUAUGUGCGCUGUGAUGAGAAAGCUGGGGUGCUGCGCUGUGAUCGCGAUAUGCCAUGGGGAGCUGAAUCUGUCAUCACAAUCUACUAUGAUUUCAAAUGUCUGGAUUCCGUGGCACACAAUGCUGACAGAAGGCUAUUUUCCCCAUAUAUACCAGUGAAGAAGUAUGGAUUGAGGAAUGGAACUGGCAAACUGUUGGCUGCCAAUGGCUCACUGGUGCCAGAAGUUGGGCCAGAAACUUUGUACUCCCUGGAAGUGAAUAGUGGCAUGGUUGCCCUGCGGGAUGAUGAGGGAAAGUACCUGAGUGUGCGAGAAGGUGGUAUGAAAACUGUAAAGAUGGACAAACCUGGACGAGAUGAACUCUUCACUAUGGAAUCCAGCCCUGCCCAGGUCUCACUGCGUUCCUUUUCUACUAACAAGUUCAUCUGCUGCAGACCAGGCGCUGACCUCUAUGCCAACGCUAUGGCUGUUGGCAACACAGAGAUCUUCCAGCUGCUGUUUGAUGAUACCACAAAGAAAGUCUGCUUCCGUGGCUACUGUGGCACAUACAUGUCUUUGGGUCCCAAUGAUUGCAUCGUCAGCAACAGCAAGCAGGACAACAAUGUCUGGUUUGAUCUGCAAUAUCAAGACCAGAAGGUGAUGCUUCGCAUAGGUGACAAAUAUGUGUCCAUGCGGCCCAAUGGACAACUGCUUGCAGUUCCAAAAGUUGCAGGAAAAAUUGAAGAUUUCUUGCUGUUGCUGGUGAACCGGCCACUGCUAGUCCUGCAUAGCGAUGCAGGCUAUGUGGGGUUGUGCUCUGAUGUGAGACGAUUGGAAGGGAACUGUGUCAGCUAUAUUGCCAGCAGCCUGUCACUGACUGAAGAAGGCUACUACAAUUUUCAAAUUGGCAGCAAGUACUGGGCUGUGGAAAAAGAUGGACAGAUCUCCAUUGCCAAUGACCGUCCCAGUAAUUUCACCAUCCAAUUUGCAUCUUCAAGCUGCCUUAUAAUCAGGGCAGGCAACAAGUUUCUGAUGGCCGAACAAGGAGGACGACUGUGGGCUGGGGCUUCAGACCCAUCUUCUGCAACUCUGUUCCAUUACUGAGGGCUUUUAAUCUGCCACAUCCAUUAAUAAAUGUCUGCAAAAUAU